AUGGUACAAAAAGAAGAACUAUCAGGCGACGAGUCUGACGACUCUCAAUUUGAAUGGGAAAUGGAACAGGGCAUCCCUCAAGUCGAUGAUCCGUUCAUCCAAAAGUACAUGGCGGGGCGCCAGGCUCUGAUAGAACAGGAGAAAAAGCAACGCCAUGACCGGGCUUUCAAACAGAACAUGUCUCCCAUGGCUAAACAGGCGGCUAAGAUCAUGGCGUCGAUUCGCCGGCGAGAGCUGCAGUCAGUGUGGACUUCCGAGUUUGAGGAUAGCCUCGCUGAUAAGAACGGUGGCAACCUGUAUCCAGGAAUGAUGUUCACCCUGGCUCGCGAUCGCAUGGAGACGACUGAGUUGUGGAAGAUCGUCGAGAAGAUGCCGAAGGGUGCACUGCUGCAUGCUCAUCUGGACGCGAUGAUUGACAUUGAUUGGCUCGUUGACCAGGCUCUGGCGGAGAAGGGAUUCUGCAUGAUUGCACCUGAAGGGCUGAGUGACAAGGGCAAGCGGACUUCGGGUGCAUUACAGUUCAGAUACUAUCCCGACGAGGUGGUCAAGAAACAGAAGAGUACAGGAAGUAUUUGGACAGGGACAUACACGCCGAAUACGCCGGUUACGAUCAGAGAAGCACAGAGGACAUUCCCGGAUGAUGAUCAAACCUUUAAGAAAUGGCUAAUCAGCAGAUGCACCAUUACCAGCGAGGAGUCCUUGUGCCACCACCAUGGCCUGGAUGCUAUCUGGAAGAAGUUUCAGAGUACGUUUCUGGUCAUUACUUGGAUGUUCACCUACGAACCAAUCUUCCGCCGCGCCAUUCAGCGCCUUCUCGGCCAGUUGGCAAAGGACGGCAUUGUCUACGUCGACUUUAGAAUCGCAUUCAAGUUCGAGUUCCGAAGGCAAGGAAAGACUACGGGUCAAGUGGGCAAAUUUGACGACUUUUUCACGAUUUUGGGUGAGGAGAUCGAGAAGUUCAAACGGUCGCCUGCCGGCAAGACCUUCAAAGGCGCACGCAUGAUAUGGACGGUCAUUCGUAAAUCGGACAAUCGAACACUUGUCGAUUCGAUGAAGGAGUGCAUCCGCAUGAAGAAGAAGUUCCCCCACAUGAUUUGCGGCUUUGACUUCGUGGCUCAAGAAGACCAGGGAAGGACGCUGAAAGAUCUCACUCCACUCAUUUUCUGGUUCAAGAAGAAGUGCGCGGAAGCAGGUGUGGAUUUGCCCUUCUUUUUCCACGCGGGCGAGUGCCUUGGUGACGGCGACAGUACGGAUAACAACUUAUUCGAUGCACUUUUGCUGGGGACUCGACGCAUUGGACAUGGGUACUCUCUGUACAAGCACCCCUUGCUGAUUGACAUGGUCAAGGAGAAGAAGAUAUUGGUCGAGAGCUGCCCGAUCUCCAAUGAGAUUUUGCGACUCUCCAGCUCUAUUCUUUCGCACUCUCUUCCGGCUCUCCUUUCACGAGGGGUGGCCGUGUCAUUGAACAACGACGACCCUGCAAUCUUGGGCCACGGGAAAAACGGCUUGAGUCAUGAUUUUUGGCAAGCCUAUAUGGCAUUUGAGAACCUCGGAUUGGAAGGCCUGGCAACAAUGGCCGAGAACUCGCUGAAAUGGUCCGCCAUAGAAGAUCAAAAACCAGGUGAGUGGACUAAGGAUAUCACCGACGGGUAUUUGGGGAAAGGAGUCAAGGCAAAGUUACUGAGAGAGUGGAGGAGCGAGUUUGAGAAGUGGUGUCAAUGGAUAUUGAUGGAGUAUCCGUUAGAAGCCGAGGAUGAAGAUGGCGAGGAUGAAGACGAAGAGGAGUCCGAAGAGGAUGAGGAGGAUGAAGAAGAAGAAGAUGAGGACGACGAAGACGAUGAAGAGUAG